GCGUCGCCAUCAUAUCAUAUCGCCUUCAACUUCCAUACCAUCUCUUUUCCUACCAUAUAUAUAGUUAUAUACAAGAGCCCCUUCUCCACGAACACGAGCAUAACAUAUAGCGAUCCAGAGAAACAGGGCUAGAUCAGAUUCAUCCAGAGAUCCAGCGAAGAAUCGGAGCCUCUUUUUCGCUAGGAUUAUUAGCUCUCGCGGACAGGAGCGAUGGCGAGCGGCGGCUACGGCUACGGCGGCCCCUACUCCUACUACCAGCCUGCGGCCGCGCCCUUCUACUACGCGCAGCGGCCGGCGAGAGGCGGCGGUGGCGGCGGCGGCUCGUGCCCGCCGCUCCACCUCUUCCUGCUGCUCGCGACGCUGCUCCUCCUCGCCGCCACCUCGCUGUACGCGCGGUGCGAGGCGGCGGUGGAGAGCAUGGCACAGCAGCUCCGGCCGCUGCUCAUCCUGUCCCCGCUGCUGCUCAUCGUCGCCGUGCAGCUCUGGGUGGCGACCAGCGGGGAUAAUCAAGGGCGAGGCGGGGGCGCCCUCGCGUACCUCCUCUCGCAGGUGACGCCGGGGGACCGGUACCAGAGCGGCCAUGGCGCCCCGUACGGCCAGUGGGACGGCGGCUCGUCGCCGUGGGGUGUGGCGGUGGUGCUCGUGCUCGUCCUCAUAUUGGUCUCGUACCAGUCUUCGUUCCAGGAGUGGCGGCUGUUCCCGCUGCGCGGCCGGUGAAGAGGUGCGAUGGACGGCGUGAGGUUAGGCUGCGUCGGCGUGCAUGAAGCUGCUGCUUGCGUGAUCAGGGCCAUGGUUGGCAUGAACCACUCUGUUGUGUUGUCGGAGGAGCUAGCCAUGGUUGGCAUGGCCUUUAUAAUGCCAUGAAUCCAUACA